GAAGAGGAUGUGAUCAUGCGAUCGCCAGCAGACGGGAAAUUGUGAAAGUGACCUCGCUCUAGAAAAGCAGCCCACAACUGCCUUGGCUCUCAGAGGAGGCUGAGCUUCUGAGAGGACUCAUUUGAGAGUGGACCCAGCCGUCUGUCCCUCGGACAUGGAACCAAAGCGGAUCAGGGAGGGCUACCUUGUGAAGAAGGGGAGCAUGUUCAACACCUGGAAACCCAUGUGGGUUGUAUUGUUAGAAGAUGGAAUUGAAUUCUAUAAAAAGAAAAGUGACAACAGCCCCAAAGGAAUGAUUCCUCUGAAAGGAAGCACACUAACUAGCCCUUGUCAGGAUUUUGGCAAAAGGAUGUUUGUGUUUAAGAUCACUACAAUCAAACAGCAGGACCACUUCUUCCAAGCAGCCUUCCUGGAGGAGAGAGAUGCCUGGGUUCGGGACAUCAAGAAGGCCAUUAAAUGCAUCGAAGGAGGCCAGAAGUUUGCGAGGAAAUCCACCAGGAGGUCCAUUCGACUGCCAGAAACCGUUGACUUAGGUGCCUUGUAUUUGUCCAUGAAAGACACUGAAAAAGGAGUAAAAGAACUGAACCUAGAGAAGGACAAGAAGAUUUUUAACCACUGUUUCACAGGUAACUGUGUCAUCGACUGGCUGGUUUCCAACAAGUCUGUUCGCAAUCGCCAGGAAGGCCUCAUGAUUGCUUCCUCACUGCUCACUGAAGGGUACCUGCAGCCUGCUGGAGACCUGUCCAAGAAUGCAGCGGAUGGAAUUGCUGAAAACCCUUUCCUGGACAACCCCGAUGCCUUCUACUACUUUCCAGACAGUGGGUUCUUCUGUGAAGAGAAUUCCAGUGAUGAUGACGUGAUUCUGAAGGAAGAAUUCAGAGGGGUCAUUAUCAAACAGGGAUGCUUACUGAAGCAGGGGCAUAGGAGGAAAAACUGGAAAGUGAGGAAGUUCGUUCUGAGAGAAGACCCUGCAUAUCUGCACUACUAUGACCCUGCUGGGGGAGAAGAGCCCCUGGGAGCAAUUCACUUGAGAGGCUGUGUGGUGACUUCAGUGGAGAGCAACCCAGAUGGCAAGAAGAGUGAAGAAGAGAACCUCUUUGAGAUCAUCACAGCUGAUGAAGUUCAUUAUUUCUUGCAAGCGGCCACCCCCAAGGAGCGCACUGACUGGAUCAAAGCCAUCCAGGUGGCCUCCCGGACUGGGAAGUGAGGACACAUCUGCAGCUCCUCAUCACCCUCCCGAGGGAACUCCAUGGAUAAGCUUAGUCCAGGACCUGUCCGCUUCCAGUGACAAGUCAACGAGAAAGGGCCCAGGGGUGGGAAUUUUCACCUGCAGGGGUUCUGAAUGUAACUAACCACACACCAUGUGAUGUUCACCUGCACCCACCACGUCGCUCGCUUAAGCCUCUCUGCCACUCUCCGUACCACACACACA